AUGAAGUUCUCUAUCGCUUCUGCUGCAGCCCUUGCAGCCCUUUCUUUGAACAUUGGCCAAGUGGAAGCCGGUCCCAUCGCGAUGGGCUUGUGCUAUACUGCAUGCAACGCCGGCUAUGUCACUUGCUGCACUGUUGCGGGAGUGACUGCUGGAACGUUCACUCUCGGGCUUGGCAUUCCUGCUGCCGUUGCCGCUUGCUCUUUGUACAAGGAGCAUGCAUGGCGGCAUGCACCCCUUUGCUUGUUGCUCCAACCCCAUAAUUUUCUCCAACAAGGUUAG